AUGUCUGCUCUAGUUACGUUAAAUAAUGGUUUGAAAAUGCCACUUGUUGGUCUAGGUUGUUGGAAGAUCCCAACCUCCACCUGUGCUCAACAAAUCUAUGAUGCCAUCAAAGUUGGCUAUCGUUUAUUUGAUGGUGCCACCGAUUACGGUAAUGAAAAGGAAGUUGGUCAAGGUAUUAAGAGGGCCAUUGAUGAGGGUUUAGUGAAAAGGGAAGACCUUUUCAUUGUUUCUAAAUUAUGGAAUAAUUUCCAUCAUCCAGAUCACGUUAAAUUAAACUUGCAAAGAAAUUUGAAAGACUUGGGGCUAGAUUAUGUGGAUUUAUAUUAUAUCCAUUUCCCAAUUGCUUUUAAGUUUGUUUCUCCAGAUGAACGUUAUCCACCAGGUAUGUAUACUGGGAAAGAAGAUGAAGCUAAGGGUAUCUUGACUGAAGAAAACGUCCCAUUAAUAGAUACCUACCGUGCCAUGGAAAAACUAGUCGAUGAAGGAUUGAUUAAAUCCAUCGGUAUUUCCAAUUACAAUGGUGGGUUGGUUGCUGAUACCUUACGUGGUUGUAGAAUUAAACCAGUCGCUUUGCAAAUUGAACAUCAUCCAUAUUUGACUCAAGAAAAAUUACUUGAAUAUUGUAAGAUACAUGAUGUUCAAGUUGUUGCAUACUCAUCAUUUGGACCUCAAUCUUUCGUCGAUUGUGGUCAAGAAAUGGCUAAGAAUACUCCACCAUUAUUUGAUCAUCCAACCAUCAAGAAGAUUGCAGACAAAUAUGAAGCCGUCACCACUUCUCAAGUUUUGUUGAGAUGGGCCACUCAAAGAGGUGUGGCCAUUAUCCCAAAAUCCUCAAAGAAGGAAAGAUUAUUGGAAAAUUUGACCAUUGAUCAAAAAGUUACUCUGGCUGAAGAAGAUUUGAGAGAGAUUUCUGCUUUGAACCAAAAUUUAAGAUUUAAUGAUCCAUGGGAUUGGAAUAACUCUAAAUUCCCAAUCUUCCAGUGA